GGGGAGCCGCAGUCACGAUUUGGCGAUGCGCGCGUUUUCGUUGGUAAACAAUACGUGAUCCUAUGACAGCACUCACGUAACACCCCAGAAACUACUGGAAAAAGCUCUUUUGCGGCGGUCAGGUGAAUCAACGGAAGCACCCUUGUGAGGUGGCCUCAAGUACAGCAAGAUGCGUUACUGUCCUCCGAAUGUGACCUUGAGUGAUGUGUGGACCCGAGAGGGUCUCUCCCAGUGCUUCCUCGACACCGUGGGUCCACCUGUCCUUCUCCUAGUCAUACUCCUGGGGGGUGGUGUCCAGUGGGCAGUGUACCACAAGUACGCCACGCGCCUCGACACCAGACUACUACAUCGCAGAGGAUGUUACAAGUUCCAUACGUCGCUCAUGAUGGCACUGGCCACAUCGUGCCUGGUGCGGCUGGCUGUGGUGUCGGGCAUCGGGGGUGCUCCAGUGGAGGGCCACCAGCUGGUCUGGGCCCUGUGCAUGGCACCAGCUUGGCUGCUGUCGGUGCUGGUGACACGGCUCGAACGCUUCUGGGCCCUGCCCAGCACCCCCACUCAUGGGCAUGGCUUACCACUGCUGCUCUUCUGGGCCAUGAGUGUCAUCCAUGAGGCCCUUGCGUUCCUUGGACUGCACAGCACCACCUGGUGGUUCCAGGUUCACACGCGCAAGGACAUAGCCGACGUGGCCUUUUUUGCGGCACGCUUCGUCCUCUCUCUGUUGGUGUUUGGCAUUGGCCUCAAGGGUCCCUCGGUGCCAAGUGCCCAAGACUACUUCCUCUACUCAAGGGGUCACAUUCAAGAGACGCAGCCGCUUUUGGAUGAGGAAGGUGCCAGCCGUAGCGCAUUCCGGGGCUUCAAGAACAAAGUGCGUUUGCUGCUUCCCUUCCUAUGGCCCCGGCGCAGUCGUUGGUUGCAGUUUGUGGUUCUGCUCUGCGUUGUGCUGCUCGUGUCGGGCCGAGUUGUCAACCUCUUCAUCCCCAUGCUCAACCGCCAAGUUGUCAACAUGCUGGCAGCUCAAGGCACAAUCACCUUCCCAUGGCAGGACAUCCUGCUCUACGUGUUCCUUUGGUGCCUACAAGGGCAGGGUGGCAGCAGCAUCCUGUCGAACCUGCGUUCCUAUCUGUGGAUCUCAGUGCAGCAGUUCACAGUAAAGGAGAUUGAAGUUGAACUGUACUCCCAUCUUCACCACCUGUCCAUGAGCUGGCACCUGAGCAGGAAAACCGGUGAGGUGCUGAAGAUUCUUGACAGAGGGACUAGCAGCGUCACAUCUCUCCUUAGCUACAUCCUGUUCAACAUCCUCCCAGCUGUGGCUGACAUUGUGGUCGCCAUCGUAUACUUCACCGUUUCCUUCAACGCCUGGUUUGGUUUGAUUGUCUUCAUCACCAUGGCCUUAUACCUAGGUGAGUCGACCAUUGGCCUUACCGAGUGGAGAACCAAGUUUCGUCGUGAGAUGAAUCAGCUCGACAAUGCAGCACAAGCUAGAGGAGUCGACGCACUGCUCAAUUUUGAAACGGUUAAGUACUACAAUGCAGAGGAGUAUGAAGUAUCUGGCUACAAAGAAUGCAUUGAAAAGUAUCAGGUUGCUGAGUGGCGGAGCAACGCGUCCCUGAACUUGCUCAACUGCUGCCAGACGAUCGUCAUUGCGAUGGGCGUAGCUGCGGGGGCACUGCUCUGUGCUCACAUGGUUGCUGACCACGAGUCAAACCUAAAGGUGGGGGACUAUGUGCUCUUCCUGACGUACAUCAUGCAGCUGUACACGCCACUCAACUUCCUGGGAACUUACUACAGAAUGAUUCAACGUUCUUUCAUUGACAUGGAGAACAUGUUUGAGCUUCUUGACACUAAGCCUGAAGUGAUAGAUGCUGUGAAUGCCCCAAGUUUGAAGCUGAAAGAAGGCGAGAUUCGGUUCAACAAUGUCUUCUUUUCAUACAACCCUGAGUGGCCAAUACUUAAGAAUGUCAGCUUUGUGGUUCCAGCAGGUCGUACCGUUGCCCUCGUGGGCCCAUCCGGAGCGGGUAAAAGCACCAUAGUGCGGCUGCUGUUCCGGCUGUAUGACGUACAGAGUGGUAGCAUCACUAUCGAUGACCAGGACAUCAGCAGGGUGAAGCAGAAGUCCUUGCGACAGGUGAUUGGUGUCGUUCCUCAGGACACUGUACUAUUCAACAAUGACAUCAGGUACAACAUCAGGUACGGGAAAGUCGACGCCACCGACGAGGAGGUCGAAAAUGCCGCCCGUGCAGCUGAGCUUCACGAGCAGAUCCUAGGCUUCCCCAAAGGCUACGACACAGUUGUUGGCGAAAGGGGGCUGAAGCUGUCUGGUGGAGAGAAGCAGCGCGUAGCCAUUGCCAGGUCCAUCCUCAAGGGGCCAGCCAUUAUGCUACUCGAUGAGGCCACGUCAGCGCUGGACACACGGACCGAGCGCAACAUUCAGGCAUCUCUCGAUCUCGUCUGCCGGAAUAGAACGACACUCAUCGUGGCUCACAGGCUAUCAACGGUGGUUCAUGCUGACCAAAUCCUUGUGAUCCAGGAAGGGGAGAUUGUCGAAAGUGGCCAUCAUGAUGAGCUUCUCGAAUAUGGUGGCAUAUAUGCCUCCAUGUGGGAGCAGCAGCAGAAAGGUACAGGCAACACUGGCCCUUCUGAAACAUCGGACGAGGGUGUCCCUGAACUGUAGUCACCUCUUCUUUGACCCUAAAGCCAACCAACCUGCAGGCUCGCCCAACUGAGUCCAUUGCGUUUGAUCAGUUUGUUUGUCGACUUCUAGAGUUGGGACAUUUUGUGAUUUUCUUUGAUAUUGUUUUCCCGUUGAACCUACACAGCUGGCUGUAAGCCCCUCAGUAGGAAGAUUUUAGCCUCUGGACUGAAUAUUCAAUGGAGGAAUGUAUAGUUGCAAUGCUAUGUGUGACAUUCACGUACUUUCUGCGUCAUCUAUUCCAGAAGGGCAUAUGCCAUUUAUGUGUUCUUUCGUUUCUUAGGCCGUUAGCUUAUUUUUCCUUGUUUUAUCAAUAGUUCCAAUGUUGGAAGAAAUAUUUUCAUGCCAUCAUACCGAUGUUCCUAGAGCCAUUAUUAUUGAAAGACGGUGUUAGUUAGCCCUAAAAAUAUUCUUAGGCUGUGACUAAAAAAAACUACUGCUCCUGGAACUCAUCACUGCACACAUCUACGUCAUGCCUGUGUAUCAGCAUGCAAGAUGAAAAUAUUGCUCCAUAUUUUUCUCUUUACAUAACUUCUAGAACAAAGUCUUAUUUGUGGUAUACGUAGUAACUAUGCUUCAAUGUAUUAUCGCUUUUCAAGUCGCUGGGGCGGCUUCAGAAUGCAUAUCUUGGUUGAGUUAAUCGAGAUCAGCAAAUAGUCAAAAGCCCCAUUUUUAUGUUGCUCUUAUUUUAAGUUUUUUAUACGUGUGUGCUUUUCUGGGUGAACCUGAGUGUACAGCGAAUGCGUGUUUCGGGUAGUUCCAAUUUCACAGCUCAAAUUGCUCAUUAAAUCUUUACUUACCAUACGUUACAAUUCACUUAGUAUUUCAUAGUCAGUGCUGAUGGUUUUUUAAAGAGAUUUGUGUUGGCAUGAGUAGAUAGGACUAUGCUCUACUGGUGCGUUUCACUGGAGCACUUUUGGUUCACAUUGGACAAGGUGCUAGUAUUCUUCUACCCUCAUGUUUGUUCUUUGUUUUAUUUUUUUAAUCGUCAGAAGCAAUUGUUUAUUUUGGCUGCCUGCACAUAGCGAGUGUGAAUAAUUCUAAAGGAAAAAAAAACUCGUCUGCUUCAUCCUAAUGCCUUUCUAUGUCUGUCUGUCUUGCCAGUUUCCUUGGAGUUUGCUUGGCCCGGUGUUCUGUAGCCACUGUAUGGCCUGUUGCCUAUAUGCAUUGAAUGUUUUCGAGUCGAGAAAGAAUUGCACCGAGUUGUGCUGUGGUCCCAUCUCGUGUGUGAGAUUACAGGUUGUGAAAUGCUCCAUGCUGACCCCUCGGCAGUUGUGUUAAGUGCACACGUGAUCGCUUUCACCUGUUACAUGGUGUUGCAGUCAUGUUGAUGUUUACUACUUCAAACCCACUUGAGGGUGUGACACUCGAAUGUGGUAUGUGGGUAAUCUUGUGAUAGCAGAAAAAGUUAUCAGUGCCUUAUAGGCAUAUUCAAGUGCUUUUCUAAGAACAGCGAAUGAUUAUAAAGACUAGAAGACCAAUCUACUUUGUCUGCUUGGCCAAUUACAGUCCACUUUCCCACUAUGUACAUCCAUUAAUUACGUUAGGUUAUCUAUUUUAGGUUCGGUUUAGUUUGAGAAGGUGUUUCAAAAGAUGUAGGCCCUUUUUUGAUGGUCUACCGAAGAAGGGAACCUAUUUAAGCAUACGAUUGAAUUAAUAUAUGUAUUAGAAAAGAAAUGUGAUGGUAUGUGCGGGUUCAAGGGAUCUGAUUUCUAAGUGUCCUCAGAAAAUUUAUUAUUUGUAAACAUGACAACUAUCGGCUUGAGAAUGCCAGAUGUAAUGAAACUGAACUGGAGCCAUACUUUUGCUUAAAAGCCGCCCCGGCAGCUUGCAUCUGGCAACUUGUGCUGCAUUGUAUUAUGCAGUUUGGCCGCAUGCAUUGACCUUCAAUCAAAGAAAUUUCCUAACAGUAUGGAAGGGUGCAGCGUAUCUUUUAAAAGGGCUUGCAAUAAUAAUUCGCUCUACUCACUAAGAUUCAAGGGGUGUUUUCACCGAGACUUCUGCCAAUCAAGAAAGCUCAUUCAGUGUGAAGGCACAUCAUGAUGCCAGACUGCUUGUCACUUGUUGGUCUACUCUGAGAGCAGAUCAGGUUUUGGCUUGACUCGGUCGAAAGGUCGUCGCUUUCCUUCUCUUGUAUUCAUAAUGUCCUAGAAUAGCAAACCUGACCCCUGACCAUGAGUGUCUUCACAACAAGCAUACAGCAAAUGGAUAUGCUGGGUCACGGACUGUGGUCAGGUGUUGGAAAUCAACUGUUUUCUUGAUACUUUCAGUUCAAUGUUAUUUCUUGCAAUGGACUGUGUGCAAAAUAGGCAGUGGGGCUUCUGCACGCAUCUGGCUUGACUUAAGACAGCAAACAGUGGCAAGGAUUGUAAUUGAUGUCUGAACGUACAGUCUGGUGAUGUCAUUCCCUACUCCUUGGUGAGUUACAAGAUGCCUUCAAACCUGCUUGCUCAAUUUUGCAUGUGGCCCAUUGCCACCCUUACGCACACAUCUAGCUUUUUAUUCAGAAUCAAGCUUUAAAUAUAACACAAGAGUCAAGUUUUUUUUCGUUUAUUUUUUUUUUCAUUUCAGUGUGCAGGAUGUGAAAGCAAAAACACAAGUGAUUUUUGCAGAUAGUCAAUCUAUGCAUCUUACAAAGAAGACAGAUUAAUAUGCCUGUAAGAGGCUGUAGCUCUGCGAGGAAGCAGGAGCGUAGCAAUUGGGAAAGGAGGCUGAGCGCUGUGCAAUUUAUGAGCCCAAGCCGCUAAAGCAAUAUGCGCACAUAUCUAAACCAUUACGGGAAACCAAUAAUGUUGCUCGGGCCUCAUAACUAACCACAUGUGCCAGGCUAUGGUGAAGUGUUCUAUAAUAAUCCACCGUAUGCGGCUGCACUGCCCGCAUUCAAUUUGCAAAGCAGUUUUAUUUUUUGACCUCAUAACUGAAAGUGUCAUAUUGUUUUUGUGGUGCAGUGGACAACUGAUGCUUGAAUUUUUGAAUUUUGAAAUGUCACUAAGCAAACUAUUUUGCGCAUUCUGCCAGAUCGUUCAUCAGAAGGCCAUGACUGCUGUUGUGUUGGCCAUCAUUAGUUGCCGAAGCAAUUGCCAUAUUCCGUCUAGUCUCCCAUUUGAUUUCUUAGCUAUGAAUUUUGCCGCUAUGUCAUGUUUGUGGUCAUGCUACUUUCAUAGAAAGGCUGUGUUAGCUGUCCUGCAAAUGCAGCACAUAUUUUACAUUUACCUCUGACUGUGGCAUAAUUACCUGCGUAGGGCUGAAGAUUCAGUGUUUUCUGGUAUACAGUAAUAUCAUUUCCUUUUUAAGCAGACUAUUCCAUUGAUUGUAUGUUGAAAAAUGUCCCACAUAAACAAUACCAAUCUGACUACGUCAUUGUGUAGAGAAUGUUUAGGCUUGAAUAUAUGUCCAGGUGCUGUAAACACAACAGUUUCAUUUGGAAGAACAAGGAAGGAUGUCUGAUGUUUUAACUGGUUAUAGAUUUCGCACUUCCUUAAAGUAUGGCAGAUGUCUAUUGCAGCUUUGAUAUGCAGCGGCCCGUGCUAACAUGUGGUGGUAGCUGGGUCCUUAAUUGAUUCCUAUGGUGGUAAAAGCGUUAUCAUCCUGAUUGUGUUCUUGAUUUUCUACAGCAAAAAUAUGAGCAUAGAGAUUAUAACUACUUCCUUCAUAUUACCUAAAAUUAGGUAACAUUACUCAGCCAUUACUCAGUGGGCCGUUAGCAAGUUUUAUUUAAAAUGACUGUCCUGGCAUGCCUGGCUUUCGUUUCCUGGCUCAUUGAAAUGUGAUUGUGAACGCUCAGUGCCUAGGAAAUGGUAUAAUUCUUUUUUUUUUGCAGAGAUGAUGUGAUUGCAUAUAAUGUUAUUUCUACUUUACUCUUUCUUUUUGAACAUCCACUAUUAUAAUUUCUUUUUGUUAUAGUAGUGUAUAUUAGGCUACUCAUGUGUUACUUGUGGAGGUCUGCACAGUUUUGUUCAGUGCACCUUUUUUUCCUUCAGUCAUAGGGCAAGCGAAGCAGUUGCUUGUGCUAUGAUUCACUCUAGUGUGAGAUUGUGCAGUCUGUGAAAUUUAGACAUAUUAUGGAUGUGUGCAUCUUUAAAUUUAAUCAUUUAUAAUUUUUAGGUGUAAAAUAGCACUGUGAAUGCACUCAAAGGUUUAGGCACCAAGAAAAGGCAAUACAUUGCUUAUGUUCUCUUUCCUUUGUGCCUUAACCGUUGUCCGCAUCUAUGGCACUGUUUGUCACUGAACAAUAACAAUACAAAACCAACUAACCUUUGUUUACACCUUAGACGACAUUCAUUUGCGUAUGUGUUUUUAGGAAGUGGUAUGCUCUGUAACUACGUUGCACUGUUCUGUGAGCUUGGUGACUUUUCAAUAGUGAUUUUUUUCCUACUAUGGUAUUGUUGCUACCACAGUUUAGCAGGAGUGUGUUAUCAAAUUUUGUGAACUUACUAGUGCCCUGUGCUUUAUUGCAUAAGAGGCAUUGUUAAGGUCGUUGCCAAAGGAUGAAGUUUGAACAUCAUGUGGUCCCUGUGAUGAAGUUGUACUUUCAAGGCAAGAAAGAAGGACACGAAUGGUACUGCACCAAACCAUGAAUGAAGAAACAUGGAACAAAAGUGGUGCUUUGUAGAUUAGAUGAGGGGACAAUUUCUUCUGCCACAUUGGGGCUACUUAGAGAAUGCCAGAUGUAAUGAAACUGAACUGGAGCCAUACUUUUGCUGAAAAGCUGCCCCGGCAGCUUUAUGUUAUGUUAAUAAACAUUGAUUUCUCUUUCUCUCUUUU